AUGGAUAUCGGGGCCGCCGAGAACAGCAAAGGUAGCGGCCAGCAGCGCCCGCGCCCCCUACCCACCGAUCUACCCACCUCCCUCGACGACAGGAGGCAUACGGCCGGCGAGAACUUUGUCAGCGAGACGGAAAUGUACGAUGGCUGGCAGGGGGAGUCGCAGUUCCUCACCACCCCGGCCCCGGCCAAGCCCCUCAACUUUGGCAACCUGUCGCUCGACGACGACGGCGACGACGACAGCUACGGCGCUGUCGGCGGCGGCAUGGUGGCCGGCGGACCCAAGGACAGCGACACGCGCCUCAUGGAGAUGCUGGCCGCUCAGGCGAACCACCUGUCCGGUCCGGGCGUCGAGGACGAGCAGGCCAUCGUCGACGACGAGAAGCUGCCCGAGUCGGAGAAGAAGACUGCGCUGCAAAGGGCCCUGAACAUGGCUGCCAGCAACGGAGACGUGGACAGGGUCAGGGGGCUCGUGACCGGGCCGGCCAAGCCGUUCGUCGACGUCAACGGUCCGGACGAGGAUGGCACGCCCCCUCUCAUAUACGCCAGCUGCUUUGGCCACGAAGCAGUCGUCCAGGCCUUGAUCGAGGCCGGCGCCGACGUCGACAAGCAGGACCAGAACCAGUGGAGCGCACUCAUGUGGGCCAUGACGAACCGCCACAAGGGGAUCGCCAAGCUUCUCCUGGACAAUGGGGCGUCGUCGGACCAGAAGACGUCGUCGGGCCGCACGGCCUUUGACUUUGUGCCGCCCGACAGCGAGAUGUCCUACUACCUCCACGAUAACGGCUACAGCAUCGGCACCAGCGGCAUGCCCGACGACUUCUACAGCCCCGGGUUCUCCCAGGACAGGUUCGAGGAGGAGAUGGCCGAGAAUGAGAUGAGGACCAGGCUCAUGAUGGAGAGUGCCCGAGAUCUCGAGGUUGAUCUGGGCAAUGUGGGGAUGGAUGACCAACCUGAGCCCAUGGACGAACUGGAAGAGGAACAGCAAGAAUUCGACUGGAGCCGGUGUCUGCACGAUCAGAUGUUCGUGUUCCAGGAGCACGAGCUGGACCGGAUCCUAGACAUCAUCAUCACCAAGAUGACGCCGCAGCGGUCGCCGUCGCAGAAACCGGUACCGGCCAACAUGAUAUUCCUGAGCGCGCGGUACGCGCACUACCACUCGAGCGCGGAGCUGCUGGAGCGGCUGCUGGUGACGGCCAUGGACCGGAUCAACGACGUGGUGGAGAGGUUCCAGUGGGACAUGACGAUCCUGGCCUUCUGGAUAUCCAACGCGACGCUGCUGCUGCACUACCUCAAGAAGGACGCCGGCCUGGUGGAGGCGACGUCGGAGUUCCAGGCGCACCUGGCGGAGCUGAUCAACGAGAUCUUCAUACUGAUCGUGCGGGACGCCGAGCGGCGGCUGGACAAGGUGCUGGACGCGGCCAUGCUGGACCACGAGACCAUCCCGGGCUUCGAGGACAUCACCUUUCAGAACGAGUGGAAGCUGUUCAAGCGCAAGAACACGGUCAAGGAGGAGCCUCCCGAGAAGCGGUUCCGGCCGCCGUCGCCGAAGCAGAGGGCCAAGCCGGCGCCGCGCAACGUCACGUCGCUGCUGUCGUCGACGCUGUUCGUGCUGGACCUGUACGACGUGCACUCGGUCAUCGCGGCGCAGAUCGUGUCGCAGCUGCUCUACUGGAUCGGCGCGGAGCUCUUCAACCGCGUCAUGUCGAACCGCAAGUACCUGGCGCGCACGAAGGCGAUGCAGAUCCGGAUGAACCUGUCCAUACUCGAGGACUGGGCGCGCACCAACAACCGGCAGGCGGAGCACUACGAGGCGGGCGACAUGCAGUCGUCGGGGGAGACGACCGGCGACGCGGCGCGGCAGCACCUGGCACCCGUCAUCCAGCUCCUCCAGUGGCUGCAGUGCUUCUCGUCGCUGGGCGCCGACGACCUCGAGGCGCUGGUGGGCACGCUGCAGCAGCUCAAGCGGCUGACGCCGCAGCAGCUCAUGCACGCGGCGCAGCACUACCGGCCCGAGGUGGGCGAGAAGGGCCUGCCCAAGUCGGCGACGAAGUACCUGACGGCCAUACAGAAGGAGGCGGCGCUGAAGCGGGACCGGAGGCGGAGCAGCCGCAACCCGGCAUCGUCGCCGCCCACGACGCCCAAGAAGGUGGCCGGCGGCAUCGGCCAGCAGCAGGCCACGCCCGGGACCGACGCAGGCGAGGGCAACAAUCACUACGGCAACGACGGCCAGAACGGCCACGGCUCGGGCGACGAUACGGACGACGAGGCGCCGGAGCACCUCCUCAUGGACCCGGCCAUGAUGCUGCCCUUCACCCUGCCGUCGGUGACGGACAUGCUGGUCUCGUACGGCGCCGGGUUCGGCGGCGUCAACAGGGAGAGGGAACGCAAGUACAUACCCACGGUGCCGGCCGAGUUCCUGGACAAGUUGGAGAUCAGCGGGGGUCAGCAGCGUAGGGGACCGAUGUUUCAAGAAAAGGAUUGGGAGAAUGAAGAGGUCUGA